AUGUCAGCUGGGCCAGCGCCACCAAAUCCUGGCACACCACGAAAGGCCCCCGGUGCUUCCAGCGGAGGCGGUCGCUUUGGGCGAAGAUUUGCUUUAGGAGGAAUAGCUGCCGCCAUCGUCUAUGCUAUGUUACCGGCACGUGCACCUCGACCGCCGGGUACUCCAUCGACCACGUUCAAAACACCAGGGGUUGAAAAUGUGGAAAACGCCUAUGCAAAUGGCGGGGCUACAACGACACAUACAAAAGCAUAUGGUGGUAGUAUUCAAGGCCAAAAAGGGGCAGCCGGUCUGCGAGAGAAGAGUGGGACCAACACACCGGCUGGGUUUGCACACGAGGGCAUGGGAGAGGAACAGAGGCCGGUACAGCCGACCAAAGUGGGCGAAGCAUGGAAUGAGUUCAAAUAUGGCAGUGUCAAAGGGAAAUGAAUAGCAGGAUCAGGAGGGUCAAUAAUGUAAUUGUAUUGCGGCAACUCCAACCCUGGUGGCCAGACUCUACAAGGUCUGAUGGAUAAGCAGGGCGAUGACUGCCACACUCAGAGUUUUUCAAUGGCAUAUAUCGAAAAGAUGGGUCUAAUAGAGGGAAAGAGAGGC